AUGGAGAAGCACGGCGAGGAGCAUUCCGACGUGCUCUUCGGGGCGGUGGAGAGCUUCGAGGACAGCGGCGUGGGGCGGGCGGCCAGCGAGUCUGCGAAGCUGGGCGUGGCGGUCUUCCUCGGGGCGCUCUCGAAGCACCUGCCGCCGGACCAUGAGAAGCUGCCGGAGAUCUUGCCGCGUUUGUUGCAGCGCUUGCAGGAGCCGACCUCCACGCACUCGGUGCAGAACGCGAUCGUGAAGGUGAUGCCUCCGCUCAUGAAGCAGGACAAGGAGAAGGCCACCGAGACGCUUCUGCACCUCCUGGACGUGGCCCUCGAGAAGAAGACAGACCCGAUGACGCGGCGCGGCGCGGCCAUGGGCGUGGGCGCCGCCGUGAAGGGGCUGAGCAUUCAAGCGGUGGGGCAGCACAACAUCCUCACGAGGAUCAAGGAGGCGACAGAGAAUAAGAAGGAUACCGGCGUCCGCGAGGGCGCUCUGCUGUGCCUGGAGGGCCUGACGCUCAGCCUGGGGCGGCUCUUCGACCCAUAUGUGGUGACUUCGCUACCGUUGCUGCUGACCGCGUUCUCCGACCCGCAGCGGAGCGUGCAGGCUGCAUCGCAGACUGCAGCGAAGGUGAUGAUGUCGCAGCUCAGCGGGCCAGGAGUGAAGCAGGUCUUGAAGCCCCUCCUGGAGGGCAUCCAGGACAAGCAGUGGAAGACCAAGCUGGGAAGCAUCGAGCUGCUGGCCUCCAUGACCAGCUGCCUGCCCAAGCAGCUCGCCGCCUGCUUGCCCACCGUGGUGCCAGCACUGUGCACCGUCAUCAACGACCAGCACGCCAAGGUCAAGGAGGCAGCGCGGGAGGCGAUCGACAAGGUCGGCAGCAUCAUCACGAGCCCGGAGCUCCGCGCCAUAGCCCCAGAGCUCAUCCACGCUCUCACGGACGGCGCGCAGUUCGAGCACAUCACCAGGGAUGUCCUUGACAAAGUCUUGGGCACCUCCUUCGUGCAUCACAUCGACGCUCCGUCCCUGUCGCUCGUCUGCCCUCUGGUUCAGCGUGCCCUGAAGGAGCGGUCGGCAGAGAUGAAGAGGAAGGGCGCGCAGAUCGUUGGUUCCUUGGUGCUCCUCAUCAGAGACCCGAAGGACAUACAGCCCUACCUGCCGCUGCUGCUACCGCAGCUCAAGGAAACGCUCGUAGACCCCAUCCCCGACGUCCGCGCCACUGCGGCGAAGGCUUUCGGGACCCUGGCCAACGGACUGCCAGAGGAUAUGCUGGGUGACGUGCUGCCGUGGCUCUUCGAGAUGCUGCGCUCCGACGAGUCGGCCGUGGAGCGCAGCGGCGCCGCCCACGGGCUCUCCGAGGUGCUGAUGGCCAUGGGCAUGGAUCGCAUCGAGAUGCUGCUGCCCGACAUCUUGGCGAACGCCAGGAACCAGGACGCCGCCCCUGAGGUGAGGGAGGGCUACCUCGGCCUCUUCGUGUACCUCCCGGUAGCGAUGGGCGCUGGUUUCGAGCCUUACCUGGAGGAGGUGAUGCAGACGCUGCUGAAAGGCAUCGCGGACGAUACCGGCUCGGUUCGCGACACCGGCUUCCAGGCAGCAAAGGUGUUGACCAAGCACUUCGGGGCUUCGCACACCGCUAUUCUGCUGGGGCCGCUGCAGGAGGGCGUCUUCGACACCGACUGGCGGAUCAGGCAGGCGUCCGUUCAGCUGAUGGGCCAGCUCAUAGAGCAGAUCCUCCGCGCCAACAGGAUCCCGACGAACAGUGCAGAGCUGAUGCACGUUGAGGCGAUCCCCAAAGAGUGGCGUGAGUACGUGCUCGCCUCGCUCUACAUCGUGCGCAGCGACGAGAGCCCAGUCGUGAAGCAGGAGUGCCAGAAGGUGUGGAAGGCUUUCGUGCAGAACCCGCCCAGGGUGCUGAAGGAGCUGCUGCCGACGCUGAUGACGCGGCUCCUCGCGAACCUGGCCUCGGCCAGCGUGGAGAAGCAGAAGGUUGCGGCGCGCUGCGUGGGCGACCUCGUGGCGAAGCUGGGGGAGAGGGUGAUGCCGGAGCUGAUGCCCAUCUUCAUGGACACCCUGGCGACGGGCGACGAGAAGGCGCGCGAGGGCGUCUGCCUCGGCCUGGAGGAGGUCAUCAACGCCACCACCAAGCAGCUGCUCCAGGACUACCUCGCCAACCUCAUCCCCGCCAUCCAGCAGGCCAUCAUCGACGAGGACGAGAACGUCCGCAACUCCGCCAGCCGAGUCGUCGCGCUGCUCCACGGAUCGGUGGGCCCCCGCGCCACCACCGACGUCGUGACCUGGGUGCUGAUCCAGCUCUUGGACGAGGAGGAGGCCGAGGAGCACGACAAGCUCCUCAGCGGCCUGGAGAAGCUGCUGGAGGAGUCCGCGCCCACGGUGCUGCCGCUCGUGCUCAGCCAGCUCGGGCAGCGGGGCCAGGACGGCUGGACGAAGCUGCAGCUGCAGGGUCUGGCUGCCCUGGCGGUCGUGCCCGACACGCACACCGUGCACAGGCACUUGUCCGACGUCCUGCCGCCCAUCAUCAGCGCCGUAUCGGAGGACGACGGGGAGGACCCCGAGCUGGUCGAGGUGGCGCUCCACGCGGCGGGUCGGGUCAUCGACCGGGUGGAGCAGGCUGGGCUCCACAUGCUCUUCGCAGAGCUCGUCGUCCCCCUGAACGACAAGCACGACGCGAAGCGGCGCGCGUUCGGGGCCAGGCUCGUGGAGCACUUCUUCGAGAGCUCGACGACCGACGUGGCGGGCGGGCUGAACGAGGCCCUGCCAGGCAUCCUCAGGUCGGCCCUCGCGGACGAAGACCCCGAGGCGCUGUCUGCCAGCAUGAAGGCGUUGGGCACCAUCGUGAAGAAGUGCAAGAAGGAGGAGCUCGUCCUCUACCUGGAGCAGGUGCGGGACGCAGUCCUCAGCCUCCUCGUCGACCCGAACACGAACAAGGUCGACCCGAACAAGCUCUUGCCCGGGCUCUGCGAGCACAACGGCCUGGAGCCGCUCUACCCGGUCUACCAGCAGGGGCUCAUGAACGGCACCGCGGAGGUGCGCGAGAUCGCCGCGAAGGGCCUCGGCGAGCUGGUGAACCACACCUCGGAGCAGGCGCUCAAGCCGUACGUUGUCAAAAUUACCGGACCUCUGAUCCGCAUCGUCGGGGACCGGUUCCCCGGCACCGUCAAGAGGGCCAUCGUGGACACGCUGAAGGCGCUGCUCACGCGCGGCGGUGCGAACCUGAAACCGUUCUUGCCGCAGCUGCAGACCACCUACCUGAGGUGCCUCACCGACCCGUCGGACGAGGUCAAGAGGAAGGCUGCGGAGUCUCUUGGGAUCUUGGUCCGGCUGGCGCCUCGCACGGAACCGCUGAUCAACGACCUCAACACCACCGGGGGGACCCACGCGGACCCGAUGGUCAGGCUCGCGAACUGCCGCGCGUUGGGCGAGGUGCUCCUGAACAUGCCCACCCCCUGCAGCGAGGCGGUCCAGGAGAAGAUCCUCGACGCGCUGCUGCCCAAGGCCCUGGGGGGCGACGAGGGCCAGCACGAGCGCGAGGCGGCCGCCUUCGCCCUCGCGAUGCUCAUGCGCAGGCACGUCGCGGCCGAGAGGGCGCUCGGCAUCCUGUCGGAGCACGUGGAGCCGGCGCUGCAGUCCUCGGACACCGCGGUGCGGCACGGGGCAGCGACCGCGCUGGCGGGCCUGUGCUGGUGCCAGGAUCCCCAGCUGGAAGCGCCGCCCGCAGACAUGGCCGCCUCGGUCCGGCGCCUCGUGGCGGGCGCGUUGCCUGGCCUGCUCUCGGACGGCGACGCGGAGGUGAAGUCAGCUGCCGUGGUGCUGGCAGCAGCUUCCGCCAGGCUGCACGCCAGCAUGCAGGAGCCCGUGCCGGAGGCGACCGGGGCCGCCUUCGCGGCGCUGGUCGGCAGCGGCACCCCGAGCGGAGUCGCCCUCCGCGCGGCGCGGCACUACGCCGCCGCCGCCGCCGCCGCCUCCGGCGCGGUGCCCGCGGCGGGCCAGCUGGCCGUGGCCGUCGCCAGGACACCCUACACCAGGUGCCAGAGUACGCUGAGCAGGCGCUGGCAUCCAUCCUCGUGGCGCGCGAGGCGGGCGAGGAGGACGUCAGGAAGGCCCUGGCCUCGCUCACAAAGCCCAUGGACGGCCAGAGCGCCCAGCUCGUGA